ACCACUCCCUAGCCUCAGUUGCUAGCCCGCCACAGUCACCGUCGGAGUUUCAACUACCGUGCUCUCCUUCUGCAACACUUUCAUUCCCAAGGAUAUUAAUCGCAUCGAAGGUGUGACUGAAGGAAUCAGGACAUUACAACUUUUACCGAAACGGGACAAAGUCUCCGAGCCAAAAGGAACUGAAGGAGACCCAGAGGAAGGGCUGGUUACUGCAUAAACCGGAGUUUUCGGGUUUUAUCUGUAGGCGACGAUGACGGCGGACGUGCAGGUGCAAGAGGAAGUGGUUCGAAGGGUAAUGGCCAUGACGCAGGUAGAUCGGGACGGUCUGCGGGAUGCCUACAGUGACGUGCGUGACGACAAGUCUGAGUGUAACUGGGCAGUGUUCAAGUAUGAUGGGAGCCAAGUCAUAGUGUCUGCAAAGGGCGAGACAUUUGAUGACUUUAAAGCACAGUUUGGUGACGAUGAGAGAGCUUUUGCAUACAUUCGCCUGCAGACCGGAGACGAGAUGAAACAAGGGGGUCAAAGUUCCUAUUGGUGACCUGGGUAGGGACGAGG